CUCGCAGAGGAUCUUUGUCCCGGAGUGCAGAAUGGCCGGCAGCGUGUGGAGGUCAAUGUUUCCACUCUGAAACGCUCAGUGACUCCGAGCGUGUGUGUGGAAGUGACCUUCAUGUUGUCUCCUCCAGCUGUCCCAGGUGGUGGGGGGGGCGGUGAGGAGACCCGCUCUGUCUUCAGCUUCCUUUUCCAGAGGGAUGCAGACAGUCACACUGAUCCCUGGUGAUGGGAUCGGACCAGAGAUCUCCACGGCCGUCAUGAAGAUCUUUGAGGCUGCAAAGGCUCCGAUCAGAUGGGAGGAGAGGAAUGUGACGGCGAUAAAAGGACCCGGUGGGCGGUGGAUGAUCCCUCCUGAUGCUAAGGAAUCAAUGGACAGGAGCAAGAUCGGACUGAAAGGACCCCUGAAGACACCUAUCGCUGCAGGUCACCCCUCCAUGAACCUGCUGCUCAGGAAGACCUUUGACCUCUACGCCAACGUGCGCCCCUGUGUCUCCAUUGAGGGCUAUAAGACUCCGUACACUGACGUCGACCUGGUCACCAUCCGAGAGAACACCGAGGGCGAGUACAGCGGCAUCGAACACGUGAUCGUGGACGGAGUGGUUCAGAGCAUCAAACUGAUCACCGAGAACGCCAGCAGACGCAUCGCUGAGUACGCCUUUGAAUACGCCAGAAACAACCAAAGGGCCAGUGUGACGGCCGUCCACAAAGCCAACAUCAUGCGGAUGUCAGAUGGUUUGUUUCUGAGAAAAUGUCGUGAGGUUGCUGAGAACUACAAAGACAUCAAGUUCACUGAGAUGUACCUGGACACUGUGUGCCUCAAUAUGGUUCAGGAUCCGACCCAGUUUGAUGUCCUGGUCAUGCCCAACCUUUACGGAGAUAUUCUGAGCGAUCUAUGUGCCGGUCUGAUCGGAGGACUCGGGGUCACUCCCAGCGGGAACAUCGGUGCAAACGGAGUGGCCAUAUUUGAAUCGGUCCACGGCACCGCCCCCGACAUCGCCGGCAUGGACAUGGCGAACCCCACCGCUCUGCUGCUCAGCGCCGUCAUGAUGCUGCGUCACAUGGGUCUCCACGACCACGGCAACAGGAUCCAGACGGCCUGUUUCGACACCAUCAGAGACAAGAAGGUGCUGACAAAGGACCUGGGAGGAAACUCCAAGUGUUCGGAGUUCACAGCUGAAAUCUGCCGUCGCAUCCAAGAUCUGGCCUGAAGCUGCAGUGACGGAGCUGCAGUGGGAGCCCGAGUCUCCGUCCACCUGAACCACUUCCACCACAGACCCCCGCCUGGCUGGUUGUGUCUCUCUGGAGCCGCAGGGAGACAGUCUGCUGGGAGACUCCGAGCUGCGGUUUCGAUGAUUUUCUCUCACCUGUAUUUACCUGUGUUACCUGUGUUUGAAGCGUCUUUGCUGUAAUGAGAUGAGGAGCUGCCUGUGUACGUCACAUGAUGAAACAUUCACGGAAAACAUACGCACAACUUUGACACGACCAAAGUGGCACGGAAUCAUUUCAGGAGUGUUUAUUAUUGAGAAUGUUAUCAUCAUCAUCAUCAUCAUAGUACCAUCAGCUCUUUGCCUGUGGACAGUUUGGAUGGUUGCUACUUUUUAACGGUGAUCCAGUGUAACCACAACUUAUUUAUUGUUUCUACUUCCUGUUACUGUCUCAUGCUGCUGUCUUUAGUUUCACAGAUCCAGAAAUCUGAGAAGGUUUAUGGAAAGGGGGACCCUGUCUCUCUACUGUCGCUAAUACAUUUCUGUUAACUUCUCUGGCUUUCUUAUCAAGUGCUGUAGUCGUCAUCCAUUAAAAAGGGCUUUUGGAAAGAUGAAA